GAGACCCGGACGCGACCUGUCACGCGACCCACGCUACUGGUUACUCUUCGCCGCCGCCGCCGCCAUUGCCGAGCACGGGAGCGCCGAGACCCACACUGCUCGCUUCGCCAUGGACAGCGGCGGCAACAGGAGCGGCGCUGCCGGGGGAGGGGACGGCGCGUGCAGCGGCGGCCACCUGUGCCACCUGUGCGGGUACAAGUACGCGAGCGCGCACCCCAGCGCCAAGCAGCGGCGCGCGCACCGCAAGAACUGCGGCGCUGGCGGCGGCAAGUCGCCGCCCACCGCCGCCGCCGCCGCCAGUGCGGAGGCAGAGGAAGAGCGCCAAGGCAAGAAAUUGGUGCCAGGUGAGGAUGUCGGAGGAGAGGGAAAUGGGGCGCCUGCUUCGGAUUCUGGCGCCGUUUUGCCCGGAUCUGCGGAGGAUGUUGGGAACGCAGUAGAUGACGACGACACUGGAGUGCACUCUUCCUCUAAUAGUGCCGGAGUUGACGUCAUUAUCAAUGAUGUGACUUCUGAAGGGCCUCCUAAGGCUAAUGGAACUGACGUUCAAACUGAAGUUGAUCUGCCGCUGCCUGAAAGCGCACCGCAUUUUCAAGAUUUGUAUCCGUCUGAAUCACAUUGUAGUGGUGAUCAGCAUCAGGAUGCCUCCGCUUCCCAUUGUCAGUCAGAGCCUGAAGAUGGUGCAAGAUUCAGUCCAGACUUCUCUGCAGAUGAAACAAGCAAGUCUAAUGCUGUGUCCCUGGCAUCAGAUGCCGCUUCAGGUGAAUUUUCUGCACAAACAAUUGCUACAGCUGGUAGCACUGAUGGUAUUGCCGUUACUGAAAACGAUUGUAUGAUCAACACCAUUGAUGAAGACAAAACUAGUGAGGGCAUGUUGGUAAAAGGUAAUGAGGUUGAUUCGUUCUAUCAAGAGAAGCUGCAAACCAAAAUUGUUGAGGGGCAUAGUCCUACUACAGUGGAGGAAGAUCUAUAUGUCAACAACUUAGGUGUGGUUCCCGGAGAGCAAAACCCCAGUGAAGACACUGAAUCCAAGGACGAAAGCAGGGUUAUCGAACCUAACCCAGUUGAGCAAGUUUGUACCAUCAAGGAACCUGUCGAUGUACUUGGGAAUAAGGAGCCUUAUACUGAUAAUAAUGCCCACACAGAUGAUACCAGUAGUGAUGAUUUAUCUCAACUUGCUUCUGGUGGUUGUCAUUUGGAGGCAGCAGAUGUUGUCGAAACACAACAGGAAAUUGAUUCUACUUCUGUGGUAGCAGAUCAGCUGACAAACUCCAAACAGACGGGCCUUGAAGAAGGGUCAAGCUAUCCUGGUGCAGAUGAGGUUACCCAAGCUGUAUCAAGUGCAACAGAGCCUGCUGUGGAUAGUCCUGUUGCUGAGGUCAUAUCAGCUGGUAGUGCUUCUGAUGUUACAAAGAAAGAUACCUCCGAGGUGACAACAGAAGAUGACACACAGAAUAAUUCAAGCCAUACAAGUGAUGUCAUUUCCAUGCCAUCUCAAAUUGACCCAAUAGAGCCUAGCUUAGACCCUACUCAGGAGAUCAGUAUGAGUAGCGAGCAUGAUGUUGAUGAGAAUAAACAAAUUGAGAACGUUAGUGUGGACCUUACCUCCCGUGAGACUAAUGAUGUAUGCAGUACGGAUAACAUCGAAGAGAUUAAGCAGAUUGAAGAAAUCAGUGCAGAAGAUGGUACUCUGAAGACCAGCAUAUUACAGAGUGCAAGUAGUGUUGAGGAAAAAGAACAGAUUGAAGAGGUGAUAGCAGAUCCUGCUUCUGACAGUAUCGAUGUGAUAAGCAGCAGAGACAUAAUUGUGCAAAAGGAACAGAGUGUUGUCCAUGUCGGAACUGCUCAUGAGAUAAAUGUGGUGGAUAUCCCAGCUAUAGUUGAAUCAGAGAAGCACGGUGAAGAAACUACCGCAGACCUCCCAGCUAUAGUUGAAUUAAAGAAGCACGGUGAAGAAACUGCCACAGACCUCCCAGCUAUAGUUGAAUUAGAGAAGCAUGGUGAAGAAACUACCGCAGACCUCCCAACUAUAGUUGAAUUAGAGAAGCACGGUGAAGAAACUACCGCAGACCCUACUGCUCAGAUGACGAACAUUAUUACAGAUAAAGUUGAAGAAAAGAAGCAAGAUGAAGAAAUUACGCCAGGUCCUGCUCCUCAUGCUAUUAAUGUGAUACACGAAGACAAUAUGCAGAAUGAAGACAUGACAGAGAUCCCUAGUUCUCACGAAAAUGUACUUGACGACACAGAUAUUGUUAAAGAGAAGGGUGAAGAAACUAUGUCAGAGCCAACCUCUCACAACACUGAUGCGGUAAGCAUUGUUGAUGCCGUUGAAGGAAAGGAGAAAGAAGAGGUAACUCCAGAAUCUACUCUUGAUGUUAGCUUGGUCCACACCAUUGACAAUGUCAAAGGAAAGGAGAGUGAAGAGCCUACUUCGGACCCUACAUCCGUCAAUGCCGGAGGCAAUGCAGGUACUAUCCUUGUCGCGGACUCUAGUUCUCACAUGAACAGCACACCACAGGGCACAAAUGAUGCCAAAGAAGAGGACCGGGAUGAAAACACUGCCGCGGACCAUGCUCGGACUGAUGGUGUUGAAGAAAAGAAGCAGAAGGAAGAGACUGCAGCAGAGACCAACACCAAGGAUAGCGCAAAUGACCAUCCAAAUGAAGAGAUCACAGACAAGGAAAUGACAAUAGAUUCAGAUAAGAGCCAUGUGUCCCUGAAGUCCCUUCUCUCCGAGAAAGGCAUUGAAUUUGAAGUUAAAGAAAAGAAGGCGAGCACCAAGGACCGAAUGCUGUCGUUCAGGCGCCGAUCGUCGAAGGACAACCCUUCGCCUGUCAAGCCUGGUUCCGAGCAGCAAGACUGGAACUCUCCGGCCAGGUUACCGGUGGAGAAGUCGCCGAAAGGGAAGAAGCAGCAGUGGAUGCCGUUUAUUUGCUGCCACUCCAUGAACUGACCGUGCUGAGGGUCUUUCUGGAGUUCAUACUAGUGUAUCGGUGUGGUUAGGCUUGUCCAGAUUUGUAAAUGGUCAUUCCGGUUUGCUCUGUCGUGUGUCCGCACUGAUGAUGUCUCAGACUUCAGUUUGUCCCAUCAUCACUUUUUUGUUUGGAGUUGCUCGGUUAUUUGAUUCGAGUAGUCCUGUACUUUGUUGAUUUCUUCUUCUUAACACUAAAAUUCUACUUGCUCAACGAAUUCGAGUCCCAAUAGUUCCCCAA